AUGGGACUCACUUCCGCCUCCAACAGAUUGAGAGCACCCCCCUGCCCCCACCCCCUACCCACUUCACCACGAUCUUAUGCAUUGUUUUACACGGGUGAUGCUGAUCGUACCUACGUACACCAAAACGGGAAGCUUUUUGAGAACGGAGGCCAGAAUUUGACGUUGCCCUUCUGGUCGGACUACCCCUCUCCCAGCUACGGCCCGCCCAUGCAGAACCACCCGACCUCCUGCUCCUCCUCCCCGACCACUCAGCCCUCUGCCCAAUACUGCCCCCGUGUGGCCAAACGCAGGAGCACACAUCCUCCGAAAUCAGAGAUGGAUGGCGAAAGCUCAGGAAUGUCGGCCUACACAGGCUCUGGACCCAUCCAGCUGUGGCAGUUUCUGCUGGAGCUGCUGCUGGACUCGGCGUGCCGCUCCUUCAUCACCUGGACCGGAGACGGCUGGGAGUUCAAGAUGUCCGACCCGACUGAGGUGGCGAAGCGGUGGGGGCAGUGCAAGAACAAGCCCAAGAUGAACUACGAGAAGCUGAGCCGCGGCCUGCGCUACUACUACCACAAGAACAUCAUCCACAAGACGGCGGGGAAGCGCUACGUCUACCGCUUCGUCUGCGACGUGCAGAGCAUGCUGGGUAAAACGGCGGGGGAGGUGUUGGCCAGCCUCAGCAUUUCGCCCGUGGGCACCGAGGCCCCUCUCCAGUACCUGCAGCCCGCCUCCACCCCCACAACGGCGCCCAAAGACAAAGCUGACGGGUGGCUGUCACAGUGAAGGAAAACUCGGCAGAUCACGGAUCUUCCAUUGACGCGGUUGCUCCGAGCCUCGCGAAAAACCUGCCGACCCGCAAUUGUAACCUGUCGCGCGUUUCUGAGUCUUUCUGAUCAGAGGGGUGACUGUAUGAAACCAGACUUUUGCCACUGUUGGUUGGUCGAUGGCACUGUGGACACAAAAUAUUUGCAUUGGCAUGUCUGGACUCCCAUUUCAGGUCAAUUCGCCGGUGAAACCUUUAAAACCUUUCUGUACAAGUGUGAUUGAUAAGGACAUGACAAUUUCUACCCAAAUGGUGUUGCUCUACUGGUACUAAGAAGUAUAAAGUCAGUUGACGCUGUUUUAGAUUUAAUUCAAGUCAGUCCAAAUUUUAAACCAACAUUUAAUCUAAAUAGCCUAUACCAGGUUAAUUUGGCUGUAUUAUUGUUCAUAUUGUAUGAUACCAGCAUGUCAGUGGAAUCACCUGUUUUAUACUACCACACAUGGAGGGUACCUAUCUUUUUAUGUCUUUUCUGUCACUUGCCUUAAAACCUUUAAAAAAACAACUGGAUGGUAUUUUUCUUGUGCUAAGACGAGAUGGUCCUGUUUACUCUUGAUUUGUAUGU